UUCCCCUACUAGGUCUACGAAGAUGACUGCGACGUCGUAUUGGGCAUUGAUUUUUCACUUCCACUAGCUUCCUAAGUUACUAAAAGUUCCAAUUUCGCAAAGUUAAUUGGGCUUUGAGAGGGAGCGCGAACAGAAAAGAAUAGGUUUCUUGACAUUUUCAGCAGGUAGAAGAGAAAGGGCGAUUAGUUAUUGAAAUGGCGGCGUUGAGAGGAGUUGUGCUAAAGCACCUGAGAGUGAAUGCAACAUCCCUGUCUCUGCUUCGUAACCCUAAACCCAUCCCUAACGGCCACGGUGCUCUAAUCUUCAACGCCAUACGGCGCCGAUUUUCCGACGACGUCAUGGGCUCAUUCCUUGACAAAUCUGAGGUCACCGAUCGCGUUGUCUCCGUAGUAAAAAACUUCCAGAAAAUUGAUCCAUCCAAGGUUACCUCAAAUGCCCAUUUCCAAAAAGAUCUCGGGUUAGAUAGUUUGGACACUGUGGAGGUUGUUAUGGCUCUUGAAGAAGAAUUUGGGUUUGAGAUACCUGAUAAUGAGGCAGACAAAAUCAGCACGAUCAGUCAUGCUGUCGAGUUCAUUGCUUCUCACCCCCAGGCAAAGUAGACAGGAAACUAUGACUCAAAUCUUUUUCUUUAUUUUACUUUGUUCAUGUGAGACAUGCCUGUAGUAUCCGAGGAGGAACAUAUUUACUAGUUAUAUCAUUUGCUCGCCUGAAUUUUGAGGCGCUCUUCGAACCAA